AUGAUUGACAAAAGAAUAAGAUCGAUAGUACUCUUGGUGGUUUUGGUUGUACUUAUGUACGCGUUUUUCAGUACAAUUCAUACCCCAAGAGAUGUAUUAUCAUCUGAAUUUACCGAUGAAAAACUUAGAAAAUAUGCAGAGCUUGAAACUUAUCAAAAUUUCCGUGCCAAUGGGAAAUUAUUCAGACCAAAUAGUAAGGCAAGACUUCCUGCAGAAUCGACUGUGAGACAGCAGCUUUCAUUUCAAUUCCCAUUUGAACCAGCCAAGGGGUUCCAAAAGAAUAUUUGGCAAACUUGGAAGGUCCCACUUGAUGAUCCUGACUUCCCACCAAAGUUCAAGGAAUUACAACUGACUUGGACUACCAAUAACCCAGAUUAUAAACAUUAUGUUCUUCCUGAUGAUGCUUGUCAUGAAUUGAUUAACCAACAGUAUGCUACUGUUCCUCAUGUUGUUGAAGCAUACAACAGUAUGCCAAAGAGUAUUCUUAAGGCUGACUUCUUCCGUUAUUUGAUUUUAUUUGCUCGUGGUGGUGUUUAUUCUGAUAUUGAUACUAGAAGUAUUAAACCUAUUGACAAAUGGAUGUCUGGUGAUGAAAAGAUUUAUGAUAAGAAAAACCCAACUAGUAUUGCUAUUGGUAUUGAAGCUGAUCCAAAUAGACCUGAUUGGGAAGAUUGGUAUGCCAGAAGAAUUCAAUUGUGUCAAUGGACCAUUCAAGCUAAGAAGGGUCAUCCAUUACUUAGAGAACUUAUUGCCAACAUUACAGACACCACUCUUACCCGUAAGAGAAAUGGACAAUUGACUAAAGUCUUAGGAAAGGAUGAAGGAGGUGAUAUUAUGAAUUGGACCGGUCCAGGUAUUUUCACCGAUUUUGUGUUUAAGUACUUAAACAAUAUUGUAUUACUGUCUCAAGGUCAUGCUGGUACUGAAGAUCCAAUUACAUGGAAACUUUUCACUGGUAUUAGUUUACCUGUUGUUGUUGAUGAUGUGAUGAUUCUUCCAAUUACUUCUUUCUCUCCAGGUGUUAACCAAAUGGGUGCCCAAUCUACUUCUGACCCUAUGGCUUAUGCUGAGCACUUGUUCCUGGGUUCUUGGAAACCAGAAGAUGAGAGAAUGUAA